AUGAAUCCAGGUAAUGUUGACACCCAGUCUCACUUCAUCAAUGCAUUAUGGACGCAAGCGAGCCACCAUAAGGCUGAACCUCGCCCGACAACCGCAUUGUCAUGUCCAUACUGCGAUCAUCAAGGAAGGGUCUUCCAGAGUCCUGAGCAGCUUUUGGACCAUGCGAGGAUUGAGCAUGAUUCCGAGUUCAAAGGCCUAGCAUCACCUCGUGCACGUGAGAAGCUAGUCAAGGCUCUGAGGAAGUCGGGCCAGCCCACGGAAGCUGCCGCUGGUGACGACCCUGCCCGUCACUCAUCCCCGGACAUUGCUGCCCUGUCAUUGGAACCUGGUCAAGAUCGACAGACCUCACCAACGGGCAAGAAGCGACGAGCAGAUUCCGAGCUCCAUGCUGGUAAAGACAAGGUUCCUUCGCACGUGGAGAUUGCUGAUCCGGAUUGUUCGAGGAACAUACCCUUUUCGAAUAAGGGAGAGAAGGUCCGGUCUAAACGCCAUGACGCCCGUUUGUAUAACCCAAAGCAUGGUGCCAAGGGCACUAUGUCCCCUCGACGUUCAAUAACAGAGCCAUCUAGCGAGUGGUCAAUCGACAUUGGCAACAGUCUCAAAAGUUUAGAGUCGCCGACUAAGCAAGGUCGAACUAUCAAGUCGCAACCGCGUCCCACACAACCGCGCCAACCAGGGUUGAUUGAACUUCAGAGAUAUGAUCCACGCUACCCAGGGCUUCUACUGCAGCCGGAUAGUCGACCAAUAUCUCAAGAGCAGCUCGCAUCAGAAGUAAAAUCGAUAUAUGCGGGCUUAACUAUGGUCGAGACGAAGUGUAUUCAUGUCGAUCGUGCGCAGGCAGCUGUGCCGCACGAGGCUAACCCCAAACUUGCUCCUGAUCAUUGGCAGGCGCUGAUAGCUCUCCACCGUACAUUGCUUCAUGAACACCAUGAUUUUUUCCUGGCUUCCCAGCACCCUUCCGCUUCACCAGCACUUCGUCGAUUGGCGGGUAAAUACACUAUGCCGGCGCGCAUGUGGAAGCAUGGGAUUCACUCAUUCCUUGAGUUACUACGGAAAAAGCUUCCUCAUAGUCUGGAUUACAUGUUGGCGUUUAUCUACUUGGCUUACCAGAUGAUGGCUCUCCUGUAUGAAACCGUACCGGCCUUUGAGGAUACAUGGAUUGAAUGCCUUGGUGAUCUUGGCCGGUACCGCAUGGCUAUCGAGGACGAAGAUAUUCGAGAUCGUGAGACUUGGGCUGGAGUUGCAAGGUCGUGGUAUUCAAAGGCUGCAGACAAGAACCCUACAGUUGGUCGUCUUUACCACCACCUGGCCAUACUAGCACGUCCCAAUGCUCUUCAGCAGCUCUACUAUUACACCACCUCGUUGAACUGCGUCGAGCCAUUUCCCAGCGCUCGCGAAUCGAUCAUGACUUUGUUCAAGCCUCUGAUCCAGGACGACCAGACGACCUACACUGGAAUCAACAUCGACACCAAGUUCACCAAAUCGCAUGCACUACUAUUCACAAGAUUUGCUAAACCUGGAUACGAACAAGCCAGUCAAGAUUUUUUGGACAGCUUGGAUAACCACAUUGGUCGUGUCACUGCCAAGUGGAAGGAGCAGGGCGUCUACAUUGCCGUGAGUAACAUCACGGCGUGGUUCGAUUACGGUAUCGACCUUCAUGUCCUCCGCCAACUUUUCCUACUUCGUGCCUUCCAACGUAAAAGUACCGGGGUCCAAACUGAACAACAACUACCAACAAUCUCAGCCGAUCAGCCGAAACCAACAGACCCCAAGAUCACCGAAGACCAAGUCCCAUCUCAAGUAGACACUCUCUCUACUGACUCCGCAUUUGCUAAGGCCAAACUGCUGACCAGCGAUACUUUUGCACUCGCUCUCCGCCGUAUAGGCGACAAAAACGUUCUUCCUCAUGUCCACGUUAUGCUUUCCUUCCUCAGCACGCUCGCUUCUGUACCAUACGUUUCGCACUUGGUCGACCACACUCCUUGGACCGAGCUCGUUUCAUUUCUCAAUACGCUGAUCAAAAUCGAAACUCAAAAAAACAACAGCCUCGAUAUCAACGCUCUGCUUUCUCAAUCUGUCUUUCCUGGGGACAAUGAGACCAAGGAGAGAGACGAGCUGCCGCUGCCUGAGGAUUACCUUGUGCGUGGUCUCGUUUGGGCGCAGGAGUACCUUCCCGCAAAUUGGCUUGGAAGGGAACGUGAUGAAGAAGAAAGAUAUCUUGAACUAGCAAGCACUGCAAAGAGUCGUACUGAGAGAGUGUUGAGGUUGGGAUAUCGUCUUUCAACUACUGGUCGCUGGAUUUCAUACGAUCAAGAUACAUAUACGUUUGCUGUUGUCAAUACAUGA